AUGCUCAGUUCGUGGUCGGGAUCGAGACCAACAGCACAACAGCUCCAGCAGCUCACGCCUCAGCAAAGAGCAGCUCUUCAACAGCAGCUUCAGAAUCAGCAGAAAAGCGGAAGUGCCGAGAAUGCUGCCGCAAUAGGAUCACCAGAAACGCAAAACCAGGCUUCUCAGCAACAACAACAACAGAUGCUCCUUCAACUACAACUCAAACAGGCACGUGAGCGGCCCGGAGGCUACCAAUUUGCCACGUCGCUGGCAGAGAUUCUAAAGAAGUACUCCAAGUACCCGCCAUCGCUUACAUUCCAUAUUUAUGAGAACCACUUCCGGUUCAACAAUACCCAAGACUCCAACAUGAUACCCAAGGACAGCGCCAUGGCCAAGUCUUUUUUGCACCAUAUUCUCAAGGAGGAGAUUCCGCUGGAAAUGACGGAAUUGCUCAAGGACUGCGCCGUGAAGUUCUACGAGGGUUGCAUCAUUCUCCAGGUGUAUGAUCACCGUCUGGAGAACAAGGAGAAGAAGGAGAGUCGACAGCUGCUGCCAGCCAAGGAAAACGGCAAGAAUCUGCCGCAACAGAGCCCGAAGGAGCAGCCCACCCCGCCCAAAACAUACAGAACGCUUCUCAGGCCGACCUCGUUAUCGCUCUAUUACGAUUUGCUUUACCACACAGACUCGGCCCUCACCAAAUUCACCGAUACAAUCUCGUUGCAGAUGGAGCUGGAGAUCUUGACAUUGACCAACAGAAAGGUUGAUUUGAAGGUGCCCCUCAAUCCGUACAAUCAGGACGAGUCGCUUUUUCCUGACCACGAGUACCCCAAGAAAGUAUGGGACGAGGCCAAGCAGGACUAUAAAAUCGUCCAUUCCCACAGAGACGAGACGCCCCGGGAGCUGCGCAAGUUGCACCGGGACCAGCUUGUCAUGCACAAGUCCUCCGAGUACGAGGAGCUCAUGUUUUUGCUUUCGGGCAAGAACAAAAACCCCCUGGAAAGCACCUCCGAAAACAAGCUCGUUGUGGUGGGUCCCUCGAGCCACAGCGCCCUGGACGCCGUCAGUUUGGAAGGUUCUCUUUCGGUGUUGCCUACUCCUGGACCUGCUACCGCUGCUACUGGUAAUGGUAGCGCCAGAGAAUCCACGACACCUGGUGGAUCGGAAAGAAAGCGGAACGACAAGGCCAGCGCCCUCAGCGCCACGGCGUCGAUGCUCGCCGGGAACUCGUCUGGUCAGUUCAUGCGGUUGCGUUUUAUUGAGGAAAUCAGAAAACGCAAGGAGAGCCAGAAAGCUCAGGCUGGUGCCAGUGUGGCUACUGCGGCCGGUGUUGGUCCAGUCACGUCCCAGGCGGGCAGCGGAACGGCCUCUCCAGCUCCUGGUUUGAAGAACGGAACCAUGAAUGCUACAGCUGCAGCCAAUUUGCAAAGACAACAGCAGCUCAAGCAACAGGCCCUGGCGAAACUCAUGCAAGGCCAAAUGCAGCAGCAGCAAAUGCAACAUCCACAGCAGCAGCAGCCUCAACAGCCUCAACAGCCUCAACAGCAGCCUCAGCAAACUCAGGCUCAACAGAGGUAUUGGCAGCAACAGAUGCAGCAGAACAAGUUGAAGCAGCAACAACAGCAACAACAGCAAAGAGCGGCUCAGCUCAACAACAGCGGCAACGCCAAUAUGGCGCAGAACUUCCAGAAUGCUCAAUUGCAGAAGAACAUGCUUCGACAGAACAUGAACCAGGGCAUGAACCAGAUGGGCCAGAUGGGCCAGAUGGGCCAGAUGAACCAGAACAUGCAGCAGAGCGUCGGCCAGAGCAUGAACCAAGGCAUGAACCAGAGCUUGAACCAGAACAUGGGUCAGAACAUGAACCAGAGCAUGAACCCGGGAAUGAGCCCCAAUAUGGGCAAUGUCGCCAUGAACCAGAGAGUCAACUACAACGGCAUGCCGAACAUGAGUCCUCAGAUGGGGCUGGCCAUGAGCCCUCAGAGGCAGCAGCAGUCCCAAUCUCCCGUACCCAAUCAGGCUGCUUUAAGCGACAGAGCCAAGCAGCUCAGGCAGCAGCAAAUCCAGCUCCAACAAGCCAGACAGCAGCAGCUCAGGCAACAGCAGCAACAACAGCAGCAGCAACAGCAGCAGCAGGUCAAGAGGCAGAAAGUUGGCCAGGUCAAUCAGCAGCAGUUUGCACAAAACAGAAACAUGGCUCAGAUGGGCCAGAUGGGGUCUCAGCCUUCCUCACAAAUGGGCACUCCUGUGAUGCAAAACGGCAGUGUUGCUACGCCACGGAUGGGCAAUAUGGCUCAAAGUUCGCCUCAGAUGGGUCAGCAGAUGCCUCCCAUGGGUCAACAAACCCAGGGUCAAAGACCAGCGACACAACCUCAAGCACAAGGUGGAGGAGCUCAAAAUACUAUGGUGCAGCAACAGGCCCAGAUUUUGCAGAUGACCUUGUCUCCACAAGAACAGAAGGCGUUCAAGACUUUGCAGCAAAGAAUGAAUAUUUUGGUUCAGAUGUUCAACACGGGAAUGUCGCCCAAGGGAGAUCCUCUUACCCAGCAGCAGCAGCAAAACGCCAUGCAGCAAGCGAAAGUUGCUCAGCAGCUGUUGAUGCAACAGUUUCCUUCUUAUUUCCAACGUCUUCGUCAAUUUCAAAUGCAGCAGCAGAGACAAAAGAUGCAGAGACAACAACAACAGCAACAGCAGCAGCAACAACAACAACAACAAAACUCGUCCAUGGGAAACAUGGAUGGGUCAAUGUAUCAAAACAUGAACAUGACGCUGCCGGCGAUGCAGCAGCAGAUGAUGAAUCUGCCAGUGAUGGGCCAGAUGAACAACAUGCAAGGCCAGAUGAAGAGGUAG